AUGGAGCUGGUAGCCCCCGUCGUGGACUGCACGUUUGGUCUUUUGGUGCUUGGCGACCCAACCGCCGUCCGCGUGUACUACCUGGUGCGUAACCAGAGCGACACCGAACAAGUGUUACUGCUGUCGACUUCGCUGUCGGCGCAAGACUACCAAGUGGCUCAACAAUUCCAGAGAGGACCCGCUGCAAUUCUCCAACUCGCACCUAUCAACGAUACUCAGGCCACCACGCUGGAGCGUCAGCUCACGGUGACGCUCAACUAUCCCUACGUAUCCGACCCAGCGUUUGCCUACUCCGAACUGGAAGCAAUUGAUGGAGACAACUACUGGCUUUUGAAAACUUUCCCAAACCAACACAACGCAGACCCUGCCAAAACUAAUGGAGGUGGUAUACUCGUGCUGUACUGGGCCUGGACGCACGCUAUCCACGGCGCCUUCGCCCUCACUGACAUCUUCAACCUGAGCGUACUGGCGUUCAUCAUCUAUCGGCGUCUGCGCAUGGGCCACGUCUGGGUGGGCGACGCCUUCGCCACCAUCUCGAACUCGCUGCUGUACCGAGGCGUGAUCGUCAUUUUCUGCAGCCACUUGAACGGGUACUGGACCAUCACCAAGAU